AUGCCAGAUCUUUCAAAAACCAUAGAUAAGUAUGACACAGCUGAAAGUCAUUUGGAAGGUGCUGCCAAGUAUUGGUCUAGUGGACGAGCUGAUUACCUGAAAGACUGGAACUCUUUCAGACUAGUUUUCCAGAAAACUUUCAUUCCUGAACGACAUAAGACUGACUUAUGGAAAUUAAUGACACACAGGGUACAGCAGCCCAAAGAAAAUAUAUCUUUUUAUUCUCAUAAGAAAGUAGCCCUCUGUUGUGAGCUUAAUCCCACCACCAAUGAAAUCAGGGAACAAAUUAUAAUUGGCCUCAUUUCCAGAGAUUUGAGUAACUUCGUACUCUCAAAAGUACACAUGGAUGUAGAUGAACUGUUCCGUGAUAUCCUUGAUUAUGAAAGGGUUGGUGAUUCUAGGAGAGGCAGAUUCAAUGAAAGGAAGGAAAUUGGUAGAGGAGGUCAACAGGAGAGAAGUGGAGUUACCAAAGGAAAUCAGCAAGAGCAGAAUGUGAAGAGCACAAGUUCAUCAAGCUCUAAGAAUACUCAUUUAGUCAGAUGCCACUAUUGUAAUGAACCAGGGCACCCAGUUCAAAAUUUCUCAAAAUCACGUCGCCCAAGAGGAUCAUGUUAUGGUUGUGAUUCUAUAGAGCAUUUGAGGAGAGAUUGUCCAAAUUCUCAAUCUACAUCGAGGACAGUUCCUGCCAGUGAUAGGAGCACCUUGAUUGUGGACCUAGCUCACCUGUGGCUUAUAUGA